AUGGCAGCUGAGUUGAGUUCUCUGGUUAGGCUUUUGAGUGGAUACAAGGAUGAUAGGAACGUUGGGAGGGAACCUGGUGGUGUAAAAUCAACAGCUUUGAUCACUAGGGACUUGCUUGGUGGUGGUGGCGGUGGUUCUGUAGAGCAUGAGUCUCAAGAAUUGGACCUGGAUUUGCAAGUGCCUUGUGGCUGGGAAAAGCGCCUGGACUUGAAGUCGGGAAAGGUUUACUUGCAAAGAUGCAACUCCUCAAAUUCACCCUCAUCAUCCUCAGAUUACAGGAGCCAAACCAAUCAAACAGUAGCAAAGCUUCAAGACUUAAAUUUCCCGCCUUCACCUUCCAAGAUUACAUUAAACCUUUUCGAUGAAGGUAACUUGGAACUGAAGUUAUUGCCAUCACCAUCGUCAAGCAAUUACCCAAGUGUUUGCACUCUAGAUAGAGUAAAAUCCGCACUCGAAAGAGCUGAGAAAGAACCGGGUAGGAAGCGAUCCUCAUCGCUAUGGAAAUCAUCAAUUUCGCCGGCGUAUUCAUCAUCAUCGUCUUCUAUAAGAGAGAUUCAAGAGGAAGAAAAUGAAGAGAAGGUAGUGGCAGCAUCCCCAGUUGCGACAGGAUGUCCCGGUUGCUUGUCGUAUGUUUUAAUAAUGAAACAAAAUCCAAAAUGUCCGAGAUGCAAUUCAUUUGUUCCAAUGCCAAUGGUGAAGAAGCCUAGGAUUGAUCUCAACAUAUCAAUUUGA